AUGGCUUCCAUUAGAUGGAGCGGAGGAAGAACUAUAGGAAAAGGCGCUGAAGGUAUUGUCACUUUAGCAACUACACACAACAAUUUCUCCAUCGCUGUCAAAUCUUCUCUGUUUUCCCGUUCCAAAUCGUUACAGAGGGAGAGAGAAUUUCUCAACGAAUUUCAAGAUUGUUCCCAAAUUAUUCGCUGUUUUGGAGCGGAUGUCACUGAAGAAGAUGGCGAUAUUCUCUAUAAUAUAUUGCUCGAAUACGCUGUUGGUGGAAGCUUAGCCCAUCGAAUUGGUAAAAAAUCAGGAUUGCCGGAUUUUGAGGUAAAAAAGUACUCAAAAUCAAUUCUAUUGGGGCUUAGGGUUGUUCAUGGAAGGGGUUUUGUUCAUGGUGAUAUCAAACCGCACAAUAUUCUACUCGUGGGUACUGAAAAAACGGCCAAAAUUGCGGAUUUUGGAUUCGCAAGCAAGGUAGGUAAUGAGGAUAAGAAAAGAAAGCUUAGGGGAACGCCAAUGUAUAUGGCACCAGAAUCGGUGCUUGAUGAUGAAUAUGGAACUCCCGCUGAUAUUUGGGCUUUCGGAUGCACUGUUUUUGAGAUGAUUACUGGGAAGAAAGUGUGGGAUUGCAGUGGAAUUAACGAUCCUCUUCAUCUUUUGUGCAAAAUUGGAAUGCAAUCACCGGAGUUGCACGACGACAAGUUAUCUAAGCAGCUGAUCUGUUGUUGA